AUGCUGCUUCAGCAACCUCAUGUCAUUUUCAACUGUCUCGGCGCAUUACUGCCAACAAAGGUACGCCGAAUUUUGAUGAGAAACGAAUCGGGAAUUAGACCAUUUUUCAGGACUUGGUCCGUUUGACUAUGACACAUCCUUCGCUGAAAAAGUUUUUCGAUGAAAAUGAACACAUUUGGAAAAAUCUGAUGAGCGAAAAUCUGUGGACCGAACGCCGUUUUGUGAGUGGAGUUAGUUAGAGUUAAAUCAGAAAAAUAGUAGAAUAUGGAAUUGAAUUUUUCAAUCACUUUUUCAGUUCCGAUUCCAAGACGACGUCAAAUUUCUCCUUAACAACUCACCAAAAACGCACUCCAGAACCAUCUCCAUCAACCAGGAAAAUCUCCGCUACCUUACCUACUCAAAUGAUGGAACCAUGACGGCUAUAUUUGCAAACGGAUGCCAUCUUUGGGUAGGUGCAACUCACAAUUCCGUCAAUUCAAUUGAUCCAUCCCUCCUUGAAACCCGUAAAGUGUUCAGAUCUUCCGCGACAACAUCGAGCUGUUACACGUGUACCUGUCGAAGAAGAGAAUGUGGUCAAAAGUACUGACAGUUUCUUUUUCGCCGGAUGACAAGCAUCUUCUUGUUACUGGAAUUGUUAAUCCACUUUUUGGAGGAUCAAACACUAGAGAAACUCUUAUUUACCGCAUUGGAGGUGAGUUAUAUGAACUAAGUAUCGUAAUAAAUGCGUUUGUUAAGAAGAAAGAGUCAGUUUGAAGUCAUGGGUAAUUCUUGAGCAUCAAAUGCUGGCCGCCUGGUAUGACAACUCGAACAUUAUCUACAUGAAUAACGAGGGAAAGUGAGUAAUUUUUCAUACAGUCCGUAUAUAAUUGGCAAAAAAUGUUUCAGCCCAGACAUGAUGAGACUUUUCAUCAGUUCUAUCGAUAACUCUGCGGAUAUAAUGGUCUAUCCAAUACUCACCUUCAACAAAAGAAUCACCAAGAUUAUGGUGGCCCAGCACGUGAGCCCGAGAACUCGCAAAAUUGUUCAAAUUGCUGACCAAGCCACAAUGGAAGGAAAAGUAGGUGUUUUGCAAGUUGUCAGCUUCAUGAAUUUGUUUUUCAGACUCUCACAGAGAAACUGUUCGAAAUCGGUGCAGCCUCUGGUGUGGAUAUCAGCAACAUGUCCGAGUUGAAGACAAUAUUGGACCAAAAUGAUGAAUGCAUGCCUUGCUACCGCCUCCACGCUCAUCAUGACGCUGUCACUUCUUCCGAAUGUACGUGUGAAUGCCAUCACAACACGGAUAAGCUUCUCAUCUUUCAUGGGAAUGAUGAUAAGGUUCAUGCAAAGGUGAUCACAGAGAAAAUGCUCGAGAAUGCAAAGGAGGCUUGGAGAUGCCGAGGGUAAGUCUCGCUUUUCGGAACUUUACUUCAGAAUACGAGUAUUCAGGGAGAAUGAACAUCCAGAUCACAUUCGUCUCUUCUUCCCCCUGUUUGCUUGCACUGAUUUCGAUUCAAUCGACUACACAUUCAACAUCGAAUGGUCGCUCAAUAGCAAUUCGGCUUGCUUCUCGCCGGAUCACAGGUGCAUUUCUUGACCACGAAAUACAGACAACUUAUUUUUUUUUUGAAAGAAGAAAGGAAAAUGAGUGCUUACUAAUACCGUUAGGUAGAGCGCCGAAAGUAACAUAAGAUUGUAGUACACCACUAUCAUGUUUAGCGUCUAAUCAGACCCUUAUGUGAUUCUCGAGAAAAAUGAUGGACGGUAACAUCAUAUAACUUUUGGCGUUUUUUCCAAUGGUAUUAGUAGCUGAAGCAAUAAUUAUUUAGUGACUUUAUUCUUCUACUGUGUUUCACAAAAUGACUAAUGUGAGAAAAAAAACAUUAAAAUAUUUUACCAAAAAUGUCUUUAAGAAGUUUACUCGAUAGGUUUUUCUCUGUAAUUCACUGAAGUAAAUAUAUUUGGAAUAACACAUUUCAGAUACUUAUACAUCACGGGAACAAGGCAGCAGCAGGUACAAAACCGAUUCACAGAGGUGAUAUUAAGAAAAUAUUAUUUUCACAAUAGCCAAUUAAUUUUCAGAUAAAACCGACUUGCGUCGACCUAGAAACCAUGACAAUCCGCAAAAUUCCCGAUUUCUCAGCUGUCGCGUGGGUUGCCUUCAGUUAUGACGUUCGAAUCACCGCCAACAACGAUUUCGUUGCUCUGUAAGUUAUUUUAAAGGACCAGGGAACCCAAAAAUUUUUUGAUUUUUUUGUGAAAUGUUUUUGUGACUGUUUGAAUUGUCUCUUAUUGCCUCGCCUCAUACACUGGUGAAAUGCUGCCUCUCAAAAAUGCCAAUGAACGAAACGGCAUGCAGUUGAAGUUGUGGCCGUGGCCUAGCGCCAAUGGCCGAAAAAAAUAUAUAAAAAAAUAUGCGCUUCUCGGGCAUUUUAUUUUUUCCGCUUUUUUUACCGGUUCUUUUCCAAAAAUUCACGGUUUCUCCCAUUUUGGCACUUCAUAUCGACUGAAUGAAAACAAUUUUUUAGCAGUGAAAAAAUAAGUAAGUGCCGAACAAAUGUCAAUCAGCUGAAAAAUGGGAGAAACCGUUAAUUUUUAGAAAAAAAACCGGUAAAAAAGCGGAAAAAAUAAAAUGGCCGAGAAGCGCAUAUAUUUUUAUAUAUUUUUCGGCCAUUGGCGCUAGGCCACGGCCACAACUUCAACUGCAUGCCGUUUCGUUCAUUGGCAUUUUUGAGAGGCAGUAUUUCACCAGUGUAUGAGGCAAUAAGAGACAAUUCAAACAGUCACAAAAAAAUUUCACAAAAAAAUCAAAAAAUUUUUGGGUUCCCUGGUCCUUUAAGAGAGAAAAUGACGGUCGACUAAUAUUUUUUGCAGGUUUUCUAACAAUAGCGUGAUUAUUUGGUCGGCUUUUCAUCAGGGAAAACCUGUGGAUAUUCUCGCACUCGACGGAAUGAUCUCUUCUGUUUCUCUUCAUCCAAUGGAAAACUCGCUUUUUGUGACCAAUGAACGACUCCUAUACAAGCUUCAGAGCCCAGAAAUUGUCAGAAAUCUGAGCAGAUAA